UAUCAAGGAUGAGGACAUUCCUAUUAUAAUGUCUGAUGUAGCCUGUAAUGGAGAUGAGCCCAAGCUGGCAUCCUGCCCGCGAACUGAUGGAAAUCUUAACGUUGACUGUCAAAAUGAUGACACAGGUGCUCAGGCAUUGUGUGAACCAAAAAAGGACAAAACAGCGUUGAAUGCAGUUCAACUAGAAUUCAAUGUUGAAAGCACUGAAAUUAUUUUCUGCUCCCUUGAAAAUGGAACUGCCUACAUAAGAUGGUUCAAUAACAAACAUCAAGAGGUUAAUUCUACAUCUGGGACAAGGCUGACAGCAAACAGAGAUAAACUGACCAUUGAAAACAUUCAGCUGUCUGAUGGAGGAACCUAUGAAUGCAGGGGAUUAGAGUACAUCCGAUACUACACCAUCUAUGUCAAUGGUAGGCCAACUUAUUUUUACUUGGUAGAAUAUCAUUAAGUUUGACUAUUCUGCUUCGCCGUGCAUCUGUGUUUUUCUUGAUGGCUGCAUGUAAAUGUAUACAGUUUUUU